UGGAUGACAUAAUCCUCACGUGACCAGGAGCUGCCGCGAAGUCCUUAUAUUCACGGGCUUCUUUCUCCUCUGGGUCCCAGUUCCUUACUGUCCUGUAGGCGUUUGUGCUUGUGGCCAAGAGAAAGAGGACUUAAAUUCCUUAAAUCUCAGAAGGUCCACGGGUCUGCGUUCACUGACAUCUGGAGGCAAGAAAAAGAGGAGGAAACUAUCCUUAAUCCUCAUAGCUGGAAACAUCAUGCAAAAACCCUGUAAAGAAAAUGAAGGAAAGCCCAAGUGCAGCGUGCCAAAGAGAGAGGAAGAUCGCCCCUAUGGAGAAUUUGAACGUCAGCAAACAGAAGGGAAUUUUAGGCAAAGGCUGCUUCAGUCUCUCGAGGAAUUUAAAGAGGACAUAAAUUAUAGGCAUUUUAAGGAUGAAGAAAUGACAAGGGCGGGAGAUGAGGUGGAAAGGUGUUUGGAAGAGAUAAGGGGUCUGAGAAAGAAAUUUAGGGCUCUGCAUUCUAACCAUAGGCAUUCUCGGGACCGUCCUUAUCCCAUUUAAUGCAUUUCUCUGCUGAAUUCAAUUAUUUUAUGUUACUAAUAUUACCACCAUUGGUUUCUUUUUGUCUGCAUGUUCUUGCUAAAUAUUGCUGCCAUUUUACUCCUAUCCUUCAAUGUUCCUUUGAUUUGCAUAUGACUCCUGCUUCCAACAUCUCAUCUUUUGACCCAAUUUCACUCAUUUAAUAAGGAUGUUUCAUUCAUAUGCAUGGGAAGAUGCUCACUGUAUACUGUAAAGUGAAAAUAAUAAGUUGCCAAACAGUGUGUGUAUGUGUAUAUAUACACACAUAUAUAUACACAUGCACACUUUAUAUGUACAUUUAUAUAUGACAUAACGCAAAAGAAAAAGUUAGAAUUAUUAUACACCGAAAGUUUAACAGUGAAUUUCUGCGUGAUAUGUAUUUUAUUUCUUUUUUGCUUAUCUGUGUCUUCUCAUUUUCCAAAAAAAAAAUGAAUAUAUGUGCAUGUGUGCGUGUAUUAUUUGUGUCACAAAGAACUAAAAUAAACAGACACAAUAAAAACUUGUCAAUCACCUUUGAAGGGCAGUAAAACACUUAAUCUCUUGAUAAGAACUAUAAAAAGAAAUAUAAACUUCAAAUUACCUUUGGAUCUCUUAGCCAGAGGAAUAAAACUGGAAUUAUUACAGAUAUACUAGCUUAGACUCAGUCUUUUCAUGGGGAAAAUAUUUGCUUCACAGAGCUGCUGUAAGGAAGAAAUGAGGCAACUCUGAGCUGGGCCAGGUGGACUCAUUCCCACCUGUGCAUACAGAACCCCAACCCACUACAGAACAUCAGUUAUUGGAGGGAGGUCCCUGGCAUGACUUACCUGUGCUCAGGAACAAGUUCACUAGUAGGCAGGGCAUUGGGGGCUUCCAUGCCAGUUAUCUGCUGUUGAACCCCACUCCUCCCCUGGGUUCUGCCAUGCCUGGUGGGCACUGCUACCUCUUCUGCUGGGUCCUUUACUCUCUGCUGGCCCUCACUGCUCCUGACACAUUGGAGUGCAUGGGUGCCAAAUCCCACUCAAUUUCCUGGAGUCCUUACUGGGUUGAACCUCCAUUCUUUUCUGAAGCCUGUCUGCUAUAUAGUGACCCUUAACACAGGUGAGACUGCCCUGGGAUUGCUUGAGCCACAGUGUCUUGCAGAGUUUUUAGCAAAACAGCCCCUUUUGUUUUUAAUUCUAAGACCCUUCCUCUAACUAGGAGUCAGACAUGAUGAGGUCAUUUGAGGAGUAGGACCAAGGUACAAGUUUGAAUAAAAAAAGUGCUGUAGUCAGAGUUGCUGCCUUACCUCUAAACACUAAGGUUUUAUCUUCCUUCUCUUGUGAGAUGAUCUCUCCAUGAAGGCUCCUGGCAGGCCUGUCCUACUGGUUCAGAAGACUCUUGGAGGACAUGUAUAAAUUGCAGAAAACAAUGCAGGAAAUAGAUCUAAGAAACCAAUCCUCAUCUUUCUAUCACUUCCCUUUCUGAAACAUAUGUAAAAAUUAUUUAAAAGACUAAUAUAUAUAUGAUAUAUAUAAUAUAUAUAACAUAUAUAUAAUAUAUAUAACAUAUUAUAUAUAUACAUAUAUAGAAAUAUAUGUAUAUAUACUUUUUAGUGUAUAUAUGUACAUUUAUGUAUGGUAUAUAUUUUUAGUGCAUGUGUAAGUGUAUAUAUAUAUAUAUAUAUUUAGUCUUACAAAGGAUGUAUAUGAACACACACACAUAUACACUUAUAUAUAUAUGCAUAUAUAAAUGUAUGUAUACAUAUGUAUACAUAUACACACUUAGGCAUUAUUUCUUAAUUGGACUUCUUGAAUUUUGCAUCUCAAUGUAUUUCAUUACAUUCUUGAUCAGUUACUUACAUAUAGUGGGCAUUUAAUAAAUGUUUGCUUAAUUAGAAUCUAGUGUUCUUGGCCCAGUUUUACUUCUGAUUGCAUAAAAUUGACAACAAUCUAUUUCUGUGCAAACUAUAACUUUCGUUUUCAAAUAGGACCUAACAGGAAAGGGAUUAUUUCCCAAAUCAGUCUAUAAAAUUAUUGUAACAGGGCACAACUGAUGUCUCAAACAGAUCUUUACAUUAUAAUCAUCUGGAGUGCUUACUCAUGCUCUUACAUACACUCUGAAUCAGAAUUUCUGCAUUUGCCCCUGACCCUCCAUUUUGGGUUUCCCAUGAAAUCAUUGUCUCCAUUAUUGCUUCAUAAACUCUCACUACAGACACUGUUUCAGCCAAGAGCAGUGCAGAACAGGUCUCCUUAUAAUCAAAGAGCCAAAUGGUUUAUAUUUCAUAAUUAAGGGCUCCUGAAGGUCAAAAUGGUGUUUAUAAUAGCCUGAAAAUUGUGUAUCCACCAAGUAAAUCUAUGUGAACACUAAACAUUUAUCCUUGGUAGGAGGAAAAAAAAAGAAAAAGAAAACAACAAAUUGUUAUCCACCUAUGAAAUAGGCAAAUGUUUGUUUCCAAUACUCAAUUUUUUUCAAGAUGUAGGGAUUCUGAUGCUCAAUGAGAGAGGAAAUUGCUGCAUCCAUAGUUUUUGCUUCUAUUCACAAUAAGUACCAAAAGGUGUACAUUUUGCAUAUACCAUGACUGAACAAUUCAACUGUAGGAAAAUAGUCAUAGUGGUGAGCAAAUGUUUAGCUAUACACGUUUUUAUUUAAAGAUUUCACAUAUUUUCAAGGAUUUUUUAAACCUAAGAAUCAAGUACAUGUACCGUCCAAUCAAAAGGAAAUGAACACAGACUCCUAUUCACCAAGUACACAAAAAUACAUCCCACAUGGAUUAAAGAUGAAAAUGUAAAGAACAAGGAGCACCUGGGUUGCUCAGCCAGUGGAGCAUGUGACUCUUCAUCUGGGGUUUGUGAGUUUGAGCCCCACAUUGUGUGUAGAGAUUACUUAAAAAUAUUUUUUUUAAAAAAAGAAAGAAAAUGUGAAGAAUAAGAAUAAUAUAUUGCAAUGCAAAUUAACUAAAAAUGUAUAAUCUUGUGAUUGUCAUUAUCUUCUUAGUCAUGAAAAAAAUUCCAGAAUUAUGAAGGAAAAAAUAUAAAAGGUCCACAUACAAGAAAUAGGCUGUGAGAAAGUAUUUUUAAUACCAUGACAGACAAUGGGAAAAUAUCUCUAUAACCCCAAUAGAUUUUUUCAAAUGGAAAAUAAAAAGGUAAACAAACCAAUAAAAAUAUGUACAUACCAUAUGAUCCAGCACUUCCACUUCUUUGUAUUACCAUAGAGAUAUAUGUACACACAUGCACAGGAAAGCAUAGAUAGAUGUUUAUUUUGUCACUGUUUGUAAG